UGCAGUGCGCCUUCUCCACGGCCUCGCGGCCCGCCAUGACCCUGCACCUGGAGGAUCACCGCCCCGUCGCCCCCGCGGCCCCGGCGCCCGGGCUGCCGCGUUCCGACGCGCCGGCGGGUGUGACCCUCGGACCAGCAGUAUGAGCAUCACCUGGGAUGUUGCAGCACCUGAAUCCUACCACGGACCGGAGGCAGACCCUGCACCUUAAAACACGGACUGAGGGGGACUGAUGGGCACCAGUACUUCUCAGCUUAGCUGUACCUUAAAAUUGCCCCACAAGUGUCUAAGACACCCCCAGGUUCAGGCCACACCCCAUAGCAACUAAGUCAGAAUUUCUGGGACCGCCUCCUCGUAAACGCCUCAGGCAACCCCAGGGCAUGGCUAAACUGAGAAUCAGGGCUCUGCACUCUCCUACUGGGUUCCCCUCCCUCUGUGCACUGAGGUCACUGACCUCCCAGGGACCUUAUCUGGCUGAGCCUCACGUCCUAACGGCGCUGGUCUUGCCCACCACCUUUACACCCUCUUCUCUGACCUCCCAGCUGUCUCGAUUUUCCUCCCACCCUCUGUCCAAUGGGAACCUGGGGUGUCCUUAGGGGCCAAAGCCUUGGAUACUGCCUACCUGCCCACCCUCAAAUCUGCCAUCCCAGUGGGCCAUCUGCUCAGCUACAGCCAUCCACGGCCCCACAUGACAUCUGCCCCUGCAAAAGGGAAGUACUGCCCGGAGUCGGACCACAGUGAAAUGUUGAAAUGAGGAAGGCAAGUGAGGGGAGCCAUCAGGACUUCCGGAGCCUUCAAGCAAAGUUCCAGGCCUCUCAGCCGGAGACCAGCGAGCUCCCCUUAAAAUCCCCAAAGCCUGAGUUCAAGAAACUCAAGAAGUUUCCGCAGCCUGAGCUAAGUGAACACUCCAAGAAACCCCCGCAGCCCGAGUUCGGUGCAGUGCCCAAGAAGCCCUCACAGCCCGAGUUCGCUGACCUCCCCAAGAAGCCCCUGCAGCUUGAGUUCAGUGCAGUGCCCAGGAAGCCCCCACAGCCCGAGUUCACUGACCUCCCCAAGAAGCCGCCGCAGCCCGAGUUCGGUGCAGUGCCCAAGAAGCCCUCACAGCCCGAGUUCGCUGACCUCCCCAAGAAGCCCCCGCAGCUUGAGUUCGGUGCAGUGCCCAGGAAGCCCCCGCAGCCCGAGUUCACUGACCUCCCCAAGAAACCCCCGCAGCCCGAGUUCGGUGCAGUGCCCAAGAAGCCCUCACAGCCCGAGUUCGCUGACCUCCCCAAGAAACCCCCACAGCCCGAGUUCACCGAUCUGCCCAAGAAACCCUCCAAACCUGAAUUCAGUGAACUCUCCAAGAAGUUCCCACAGCUCGAAGCCACUUCAUUCCCCAGGAAGCCCCUGCAGCCUGAGGUCAAUGAGGCCCCUCAGAAGGCCUUACAGCCGGAGCCCAGUGCACUUGCCCGGAAGCCCCUGCAGCCUGAGCUCAGCAACCCCACCAGGCCCCCAGCAGAACCCAAACUCAGUGCAUUCCCUAGGAAGUUCUGGCAGCCUGAGACCAAUGAAGCCACCCCGAAGCCCUUGCAGCCUGAGUUCAAUACCUUUCCAAAGAAGCCCCCACAGCCUGAGUUCAGUGAGUUCCCCAAAAAGCCUCAGCAGCCCCAGGUCACUGGCCUCCCUAAGAAGUCCCUGCUACAGCCCGAGUUCAGCGAAGUCCCUCAGAUGCCGCCCUGGAAGCCUGAGCCCAGUGAGCCCCACCCCGACGCCUCACAGCCCAACUUCAGUGCCUUUCCAAAAAGGCUCCCACUGCCUCAGCCAAAUGACCUCCCCAAGAAGCCCUUGCAGCCUCAGUUUGGUGACCUCACUAGGACGUCUUCAGAGCCUGAAGUCUGCGUGUUUCCCAAGAGGCCAAGGCAGUCCGAAUUCAAAGCACUCUCUAAGAAACUCCCCCAGCCUGAGCUGGGCAGCAUCCCCAGGACAUCCUCAGAGCCCGAGGUCAGCCUGAUCCCCAGGAGGUUUACAAGGCCCGAGGGCCAGGGGCACCCCCGCAAGUUCUCACAGCCAGAGUCCAGUGCUCUGCCCAAAAAGCCCGGGCAGACGGAGUUUUUUGGGAAUCUCUCUAGAAAGCCUCCGCUACCUGGCUCUCUUUCAGAGAGCUCACUGCCCACGGCCAUUGCGAGCUCCGGCCCCAGGUUCCUGCUUAGCCCAGGGUUUGGAGUCAGGCAACAGAGGUCAGGAGCGCUCACCCACAGUGGAGGGUCAAGGCUGGGCCUCAAACCUGGUCGCCCACCCCGGCGGAGGCCUCUGCCUUCUGUCAGCAGCCUGGGACCCCCUCCAGCCAAACCCCCGCUGCCCCCGGGCCUCAGGGACGUCCAGAGCUUUCAGAGACCCUCAGCAGCAGCCACAGCUCUGCGGAGGACCCACUCUUCUGCUGGAAUCCACUUCCAGGCCCAACAGCCUAAGGCCAUCCCACAGGACCCGGAUGAGAUCUACGAGCUGUAUGAUGAAGUGGAGCCCACAGACGAUUCCAGAUCCAGCCCCAGGGGCAGAGAUGAAGUGCCACCCACCCAGCAAUCACCUAGAAAAUCACAAGACUCUGAGCUCAGGAAGGAGAAGGUCCUCCAGCCACAGCCGUUGCUGCCCACGGACCCGAAGGUGCUGAAGCAGAUCCGGAAGGCAGAGAAAGCUGAGAGGGAGUUCCGGAAGAAGUUCAAGUUUGAGGGGGAGAUUGUGAUUCAGACGAGGAUGAUGAUUGACCCCAAUGCCAAGACGCGUCGUGGGGGUGGCAAGUACCUGGGGAUCCGGCGUGGGGAGAUCCUGGAGGUGAUCGAGUUCACCAACAAGGAAGAGAUGCUGUGCAGGGACACCAAGGGCAAGUAUGGCUACGUGCCUAGAACAGCGUUGUUGCCCCUGGAAACAGAAGUGUAUGACGAUGUUGGCUUCUGGGAUCCUCUGGAGAACCAAGCAUUCCCCCGGGGACAGUAAGGCACAAAGGUGUGGGGACCUUGGACAACAUGCCGGCCCAGCCACCCACUAGCCCUGGAUCCCAGCUUGGAGGUUGCAGAACUGCCAAGGGUCAGGUCUGACUACGUACGUGGACUACAUAAAGCCCCCUUUCAAAGCCAUCCCUGCUUCCUGU